AUGGUUAAGAAGGUUGUCGAUUCAAGAAUUCCGACAUUGAUAAGAAAUGGUGUUCAGAAUAAACAUAGAUCAUUUUUUGUGAUUGUUGGAGAUAAAGGCAAAGAUCAGGUUGUGAAUUUACAUUGGCUACUUUCACAAGCCCAAGUAACCGCAAGACCGUCUGUAUUAUGGUGUUAUAAAAAAGAUUUAGGGUUUACCAGUCAUCGUAAAAAAAGAGAAGCAAAAAUACGAAAGGAAAUUAAACGUGGCAUAAGGGAGGCUAAUGAAGAAGAUCCAUUCGAACUUUUCAUUGCUGUUACAAAUAUUCGAUAUACGUAUUAUAAGGAGACACAUAAUAUCCUGGGUAAUACAUAUGGCAUGUGUAUAUUACAGGAUUUUGAAGCAUUGACUCCAAACUUGUUGGCACGUACAAUUGAGACUGUAGAGGGUGGCGGCAUUGUUGUAUUAUUGCUCAAGACUAUGAAGUCAUUAAAACAGUUAUAUACAUUGUCAAUGGAUGUACAUUCUCGUUACCGCACUGAAGCUCAUGAUGAUGUUACUGCCCGAUUUAAUGAACGUUUCAUUCUUUCUCUGGGAUCAUGUGAAAAUUGCCUAGUAGUUGAUGAUGAAUUAAAUGUGUUGCCGAUAUCCGCUGGAAAAAGUGUGAAACCAUUGCCGUUAAAUCCAUCUGAAGAAUCAAUGUCUGAUCAACAGAUUGAAUUAAAAGAAUUUAAGGCUUCAUUAGCAGAUAAACAGCCUGUUGGUCUACUUGUUGCCACAGCUAAAACACUAGAUCAGGGAAAAGCUAUCCUUACAUUUAUUGAUGCCAUAUCUGAAAAGAAAUUGCGUAGUACAGUAACACUCACUGCAUCUCGUGGUCGUGGUAAAUCUGCGGCACUUGGAAUUGCGAUUGCUGCAGCUGUUGCAUACGGUUAUUCAAACAUAUUUGUUACAUCCCCAAGUCCUGAGAACUUGAAAACAUUAUUUGAAUUUAUUUUUAAAGGAUUUGAUGCUUUAGAAUAUGAGGAACAUUUAGAUUACGAUAUUAUACAAUCUACAAAUCCUGAUUUUAAUAAAGCCAUAGUUAGAGUUAAUAUCUUUAAACAACAUCGGCAGACUAUUCAAUAUAUACAACCACAGGAUGCUCAUGUCCUUGGACAAGCUGAGUUGUUAAUAAUUGAUGAAGCUGCUGCCAUUCCAUUACCACUAGUGAAAAAUCUCAUUGGUCCCUAUUUGGUAUUUAUGGCAUCGACUAUAAAUGGUUACGAAGGUACUGGUCGAUCUUUAUCUCUCAAACUUAUUCAACAACUUAGAGAACAAUCAAGAGGGUUUGUUGGGCAAGAAAAUCGUGCAGAACCUGAUGAUGAUGUGACAGUAAUUAAUCGAAAUGGAAAGACCAAAAAAGAUACACUUACUUCGCUCAAUGGUGCCUUAACGGGUGGUCGAGUUCUCCGAGAAAUUAAACUUGAAGAACCCAUUCGUUAUGGUCCUAAUGAUCCUGUAGAACGAUGGUUAAAUAAACUUUUAUGUUUAGAUGCGACCAUUAUUUCAAAAAACAUUCAAGGAUGUCCACAUCCACAGCAAUGUGAACUGUAUUGGGUAAAUCGUGAUACCUUAUUUUCGUUUCAUCCCGUUUCAGAGAUGUUUUUACAAAGGAUGAUGGCACUCUACGUUGCUAGUCAUUAUAAGAAUUCACCAAAUGAUUUACAACUGAUGUCAGAUGCUCCAGCACAUCACUUGUUCGUUUUGUUACCUCCAAUAAAAGGUGAUAAUUCGUUACCUGAUCCUUUAUGUGUUGUUCAGGUGUGUUUAGAAGGCGACAUAUCCAAACAAGCAGUCCUCAAUAGCUUGAAACGUGGUCAGAGAGCUAGUGGAGACUUAAUUCCCUGGUUAAUUUCACAGCAGUUCCAAGAUGAUGACUUUGCUAGUCUUUCUGGAGCAAGGAUAGUAAGAAUAGCAACACAUCCUGAUUAUAUGAAGAUGGGCUAUGGUUCACGAUGUCUUGAAUUGUUAAGUACAUUUUACCAAGGUGAAUUCUCUACUUUGAAAGAAGAUGAAGAUUAUGCAGAAGAGGCUAUGGCGAGAGUUGAUGACUCUGAACUAGAAAAUGCUGAUCUUCAUAAAGAUGAAAUUAAAAUUCGAGAUCCUCACAAAAUGCCACCAUUACUAUUAAAACUUUCAGAGAAACGACCGGUUCUGUUACAUUAUCUUGGUGUCUCUUAUGGUUUGACACCAUCUUUAAAUAAAUUCUGGAAGCGAGCAGGGUUUAUCCCACUUUAUUUACGACAAACCCCAAAUGAUCUAACUGGCGAACAUACCUGCGUUAUGCUUAAGGCCUUAAAAUCUGACGGUCUUGUAACCACAUGUGACCAAGAGUGGUUGGCAGCAUUUUCAAAAGAUUUUCAUAAAAGAUUUUUGAUUCUUCUGUCUUAUCAAUUUAGGAAUUUUCCUAGCAUUUUAUCAUUGAGCAUUAUGGAAACGGCCGAUGCUGGUUAUAAAAAUUUAAAUAAUAAAGAACAGAAAUUUACAAAAUAUAUGCUUGAUUCGCAAUUUUCUGUCUAUGAUCUUAAACGUCUUGAAUCAUAUUCAAAUAAUAUGUUGGAUUAUCAUAUUAUAUUGGAUCUUAUCCCUACAAUUUCUCAUUUAUAUUUUGGGAAACAAUUUGGUAAAGAAGUGGUACUUUCUGGUGUGCAAAGCUCGAUAUUAUUGGGUAUAGGUCUACAAAGAAAGAGUAUUGAUGAUUUGGAGAAAGAACUUACACUCCCAGCAGCACAAGUUCUCGCAUUAUUUAUGAAAAUUAUUCGUAAAUUCUCUACAUAUUUUCGAUCUUUGGAAGUAUCUGCGAUUCAGGAAGAAAUUCCACAUGAAACAACCGUCAUAAAGAAAAAAGUAGCUACAACUGCAAUUGAGGAAAAUGUAACGAAUCCUCAAAUAGAUGACGAUGCAACAUGGGAUCCUGUAUCGAAGACCCUGAGCGAAGACUUAGAUGAAGCUAGUGAUGAAGUUAUGAAGCAGUUGAAAGAAAAACAAAGAGAAUUGAUUGACUCACUGGACUUAUAUGCGAUAGGCGGAUCAGCAGAAGGUUGGGAUGCUGCGGAAUCACAGAUAAAAGCAUUAACAUUAGGAAAAAAAUCAAACUUAACAGUUGUUAGUGUUAAAAAUCCAGAUUCUACGAAAAAAAGAAAAUUUACUGAAACUGCUGCAAAUAUU